AUGGCUGGUCCACAAGAUACAUGGCGUGUAACUGGGGAAGACAGAUCCAAACAUGAUGCUCAAUUCUUUCAGCUAAAACCAGUGAAUGGAUUUGUUACAGGUACACAAGCUAGGGAUUUCUUCAUGCAGUCAGGCUUGCCAACACAGGUUUUAGGACAGAUAUGGAACUUAGCCGAUAUCAAUGGAGAUGGGAAAAUGGAUAAGAAAGAGUUUUCUAUAGCCAUGCAUCUUAUCAAGAAGAAAUUGCAAGGUUAUGAGUUACCUAAAGUGCUGCCUGCAUCUUUAAAGGCUGACCCAAUUCCUGUGAUUGGCUCUUUUGCCCAGCCCUCCAUAGGUGCACCUGUUGUCCAACCAAUGGGGAUGGGAUUCCCAUUGGGAGGCAUUCAACCAUCAGUGUUCUCAGCAUCUCUCAUGCAACCCCAGGCCUCUCUAGGCACAGCUACCAUGACAACUGGGUCGUUAGGACUGGGACCUCGCAUGGCUAAUGGUGUCACUGGAAACUUUGCUCAGGGGGGUAUAGUUACUGUGCCUUUAACUGGAACAAUUUCUCUUACAGGUAUUGGAAGCAUAUGGUCUCUGCCUCAUAGCUCCAAGCUGAAACACACCCAGACUUUUAAUAUGCAUGACAGAAACAAACGAGGGUAUUUACUAGGAGUAGAAGCAAGAGCUAUCUUAAUGCAGUCUGGUCUGCCCCAGCCAGUUCUUGCUCAAAUAUGGGCUCUGUCUGACAUUGACCGAGAUGGGAAGCUAACCUGUGAUGAAUACUGCAUUGCCAUGCAUCUGUCAGAGCUGGCACGUAUGGGUCAUGUCCUUCCCGCUGCCCUACCAGCAGAGCUCAUGCCAGCCAAGGUCAGAUCAGGAAGCACUACAUCAUCACCACUGUCGUCUGCUGUUGCUGGUCCUCAGAAAGAUGCCUUUGGAGAUUUGUUGAGUACGACCGGCUUGCCAUUGCCUGUAAGUGUUGCCCCUGUCUCACAGCCAGCUGAAGAUGUGGUUGAAGAGCAAGUGACAUUUGAAGACAAGCGCAAAGAAAACUUUGACAAAGGCCAAGCAGAGCUUGAAAGGAGAAGAGCAAUUCUUAGGGAGCAGCAGAUGAAGGAAGAACGUGAGAGGCUAGAAAAGGAAAAAUAUGAGGCUGAAAAGAGAGAGAGGAAAAG